GCCAGUAAAGCGUCUCGGACGUUGCGAACAGCAUUAAGCCUCUGUACGCCUCUUGAACGCGAUCUAGAAGCGUGUUCAUUACAUGUCAUAACCUCAAAGUUUCUCCCAACUCUGUGCUAACAAUAAACAGUAAAUUGUGUACCAUCCUUGACUCUUCGUUGUGAACGAAUUAUUAUUGGGACUUAAAAGUGAAUUUUGAUCAAGUUACGCAUCUCAGUUGUGAAUAAAUAAUAUUAUUGAUGACUUAAAAGUGAAUUUUGAUCAAGUUUCUCAUCUCAGCUGUGAAUAAAUAAUAUUAUUGAUGACUUAAAAGUGAAUUUUGAUGAAGUUUUGUAUUGAAGAUACAUUUUUUUCUAAUUUAUCAUAGCAUUGAAUUUAUAACCGUUGUUGGUUCCUGUAUAGUUGUAUAUCCAGUGACAUUCCAUUAGAAACAACAAAGCCUGUGAAUGUGACUAUCAAGAAUAAAUUCUUGAAAAAGUUUGUGAAAUUGAUUCCUGAUGUGAAGAAAUUUUUUUGGAGCUUGAUGAGGCAAGUUCAAAUGUUAUUAGCGGAUUCGUAGGUGUUAUCUAUACAAAAUAAUAACGAUGAUUAUCAUUCUAUGGUACAAGUGUAAAAUAUUAUAAAUGUCUACAUCUUUAUCGAAGUUUCACUGUAUUUCUAAGAUUCAACUAUUAUAAUUUAUUGUUCCUUAUCCAACUUUAAAAUAUUUGAUCUCUAUUCUUCAUGAAUUUGAGUCUUGACGAUGUUUUAAAAAGUCCAAUACUAGAAAAAACAGCUACAAAUUUAUUCAACUGAUAAGUUAUUACCUUGAGAUUUGAAACUUAUUAAAUCAUGUCUCAAAGUGGAAGGACGAAAAAUACAUUCUCUUGUGCAAGUGACAUAACUGUUGAAAGUUUUUGAAGUGUUGUGAGUCUGUAGUGGAUGUGACCUCCUCCAAUAAGAGACGUCCAGUCAAUUUAGGAAAUUUUCCACACUUGAUGCACUCACCGCCCUAAAACACCAAUCGCAAGAUGGACGGUGACUUCUACGACGGAUCCGUGAUGAACCCGGACGACAUCGUGCUGCAACUGGCCGGCAUGGGCACGCACGUGCACACGAACGAGCACGCAGGCCUUGCAAGUGGUGAGGAGGUGGUGUUCAACGGCACGUUCAUCCUCAGCGAAGACAACAACUCGGUGACACUUGUCUACGACGACCUUGACGCAAUCCCGCUCUUCCAGGGCUACCCGACUGCGUUGCUACGCUUUGCCUCCCUCUGCUGUCUGCUAUUCAUGAUGGUCGGCAUACCCGGCAACCUCAUCACCAUCAUUGCGUUGUUCCGAUGCAAAAAGGUAGGCUGUCUACUCAUUUUCACCAAUAACUUUCACAUUUAGCAUUGGAGUAGUUCUGUGAACAGUAGACCUCGCGCUUAGAAAGUUACAUUGACCUGUUGUUAUGUUUUCUCGAAAAUUAAUAGACAUAGAGCUUUCUGUUUCUGUCCUAUCGUACGUGACGUGUCGUUCCGGAAUAUGAGUGUGAGCGCUGUUAUCAGGUCUGGCUGCCGUCGAUACGCCAAUCCAAUCAACCCAUCAGAGAACAUUCUGUGUUGUCGUGUUGGUGGAAAAUCGGUGUGUUGAAAUUAACAAAAUAAACUACCAUAAUGCUGAUUGCUGAUUUCCUACAAACUUCAUAUCUCACUCUCCACGAUUUUAGAAAUCAAUUUCUUUUCAAUAAUAUUUGUUGCAAUUUUAAUCAUCAGAUUAAAAAAGAAAA